UAACUGUAAAAUGGUUUUACCGUAAUACAAUCGUGACAUGUAACUUUUCCUAUUUUGACUAAUUUAACGCUCAAAAAGCGGACCGUCGCCGUUGCUGGAGUCCUACAGGGCAAAACAAAACAGAACACCAGUCUUGACUCUUUAAGAAUUCAAAACUACAAUAAUCUCUCCAACAAAGACUGUGGCGGUUACCUCACAAUUUCCCUCCAAUUUUGCCUUCUAUGGCCGUUUCCUCUUGUUCCCUAUCACCAUCUACCACUAAAGCCAAGCUCUUUCCCUGUCCACGCCGGUAUGAUUUCCAAAAACCCACACAGAUUCUUCAAUUUGGAAACAGAUUUUACAAGGGUUUAUCUCUGGGUUUGAAGGGUAAAACUGAGUUUGUAAGAAAAGAAUGCCGUGUGUUUAGCGAAUCAGAGAUUGGAUAUGUUGAAGAUGCCUAUAAUGGUGAGGAGGACCAGCAGUUUGUUAAGUGGUUUCGUGAAGCUUGGCCGUACUUGUGGGCUCAUAGAGGGGGGACUUUUGUUGUUAUUAUUUCUGGUGAAAUUGUUUCUAGUCCUUUCUUGGACCCCAUUUUAAAGGAUAUCGCGUUUCUUCAUCACUUGGGGAUUAGGUUUGUUCUUGUUCCGGGGACUCAUGUGCAAAUUGACAAACUUUUGUCUGAGAGAGGACAUGAACCGAAGUAUGUAGGCCGAUAUAGGAUUACUGACUCUGAAUCACUAGCGGCUGCUAUGGAAGCUGCUGGGGGGAUUCGUAUGAUGAUAGAGGCAAAACUUUCUCCUGGACCCCCAACAUGCAAUAUCCGCCGGCAUGGUGAUAGUAGUCGUUGGCAUGAAGUUGGUGUCAGUGUAGCUAGUGGUAACUUCCUUGCCUCCAAGAGAAGAGGAGUUGUUGAUGGUGUUGAUUAUGGAGCAACAGGUGAAGUAAAGAAAGUAGAUGUCACUCGCAUGCGCGAGCGACUUGAUGGUGGUUGUUUAGUUAUAUUAAGCAACCUUGGGUAUUCCAGCUCUGGAGAAGUUUUGAAUUGCAACAUGUAUGAAGUAGCUACAGCUUGUGCUUUAGCAAUUGGAGCAGAUAAGCUUAUCUGCGUUAUAGAUGGUCCAAUCUUGGAUGAGAGUGGACGCCUAAUUCAUUUCUUGCCUCUUCAUGAAGCAGACAUGUUAAUCCGUGAACGGGCAAAACAAAGUGAGAUAGCUGCUAACUAUGUGAAAGCUGUUGGUGAAGAAGAUCUGAUUUUGCUUGGAAAGGAUUCUAGUGGAAGUCUCCAUGCUCAUCAAAAUGGGAAAGCUCCUGGUGAAAGGCAUAAUGCAACUUUUCUUAAUGGUGUUGGUUUUGAUAAUGGCAAUGGACUGUGGUCUGGUGAACAGGGUUUUGCAAUUGGAGGUCAAGAACGGCUAAGUCGAUUAAAUGGUUACCUUUCAGAAUUAGCUGCUGCAGCUUUUGUUUGCAGAGGAGGUGUUCAAAGGGUUCAUUUGUUAGAUGGCACCAUUGGUGGAGUUUUAUUAUUGGAACUUUUUAAGAGAGAUGGAAUGGGGACAAUGGUGGCUAGCGAUCUUUACGAAGGAACGCGGAUGGCUAGCUUGACAGAUCUGUCUGGAAUAAGACAACUUAUACAACCUCUAGAAGAAUCUGGUGUAUUGAUCCGGAGAAGUGAUGAAGAGCUACUUAAAGCAUUAGAUUCAUUCUAUGUUGUGGAACGAGAGGGUCAGAUCAUUGCUUGUGCUGCUCUUUUUCCAUUUUUUGAGGAGAAGUGUGGGGAGGUUGCUUGUAUUGCAGUUUCUCCUGAAUGCCGUGGUGAAGGACAGGGUGAUAAAUUACUUGAUUAUAUUGAGAAGAAGGCAUCGUCUCUUGGAUUGGACAUGCUCUUCCUGCUGACGACCCGUACUGCAGAUUGGUUUAAGAGCCGUGGUUUCAAGGAAUGUUCCAUUGAAAUGAUACCGCGAGAAAGGAGGAAAAGGAUCAAUCUUUCCCGUAAGUCUAAGUAUUAUGUGAAGAAAUUGCUACCUGAUAGAAGUGGAAUUAGCGUUGAUAGGGCAUUUCGAUGACUGGAUGAGGCUCCUCGAAGUCUGAAGCAUUAAGUUCUUUAGAGAUUGCCUCCGUCGGUUGCCUGAUUUUGCUGUGUUGAUCCUAGUCAUACCUGUCAUCAAAUUUUUUGAAUUGUUAGUUAGCUGAACAUGAUUAUCUCAAAUCAUCAGAGGUUAGUGUUUUUGUAGGUUAAUAAUCGCAAAAGCUUUAUCAAGGAAAUGUAACAUUUAUUUAUGAAAUGUGUGUUAGUGUAUGUCCUAGGAAUCAAUCGUGUUAUCGGUUUAAGGACAUUAUAUCUUGUAAAUGUAUUAUGAAUAAAAGAAAGUGUUCUUAUUUCAUAUGUUGA